AUGGAAAUCAGUACUAUAACAAAAUAUUUCAAAUUCAUUACAAGAAAUCCUGAUGCAAAUGUUGGUCUCAACAAUUGGCUGGUAAAGGAGUUGGUUAAGAAAUGCAUGCAACAUCAAAAUAAUAAUGAAAAUGAAGAUGAUAUUAAUGAAAUUUAUAAUGUUAACAAUGAAAGUAUCAUUGAUGAUGAUGAUUGUGAAACUUAUAAUGAUGUUGAAGAUGACACUAUUGAUGAUAAUAAUAAUGAUGUAAACAUAAUUGAUAUUGAAGAUGAAGAUAAUACAA